GCACGACCCACAUCACAAAAGUGGGAGUGGAAAGAAAACUAAAAAGUCUGGGCUUGGGUCCAUGUUUGAAAAGCGCUCAACUCCAAAGAUGAGUAAACUGAAGGAAGUUCACAGCCCUGAGUCUGGGGUGAUAGUGAAAACAGCCAAAGAUGGAUGUGCAGAGGGUCUUGUUUAUGGUGGAGGGGGGAAAGAAGGGAUCUUCAUUAAGGAAGUGGUGCCAGAGUCACCUGCCUCAAAAAAUCUGCAACUGAAAGAAGGUGAUCAGAUUCUGAGCGCCACUGUGUAUUUUGACAACAUGUCAUACGAGGAUGCCAUUCAGAUUUUGGAACACGCUCAGGCUUACAAAGUGAAGCUUUGCUUGAAACGCAAACCAGACAUCACAGAGUCUGAACCAGCCAUCGAAUCUGACGUCAUCCCUGAGGAAGAGCUCCACGCUCCAGAGAUGAGGGAGGCAGGAAAAACCAAAAGACAUGGUGAUGCACGAAUUUCAUGGCCUAAGUUUCCCUCCUUUGGAAAAGGACGGAAGUCACGCUUUACAAGGUCUCACAGUUCCUCAGAGGCCGAUGAGCAGAGAAAGCUUGAGCUUAGUCCCACCACAAGUGACACUGAGUCGCCUAUAAAAUCUCAGGAUGCUCUCAAAGGCAAGAAGAGGCACAAAAUAAAGCUUUCUAAUUUUGCAAGGAGAGGCCGCAUAAGUUCAUCUGAAGACCAGGACACAGACACAACAACUGGGCAGAUCAGUGGCAAAAUGCUCCAGACACAUGAAGCACCACACAUGCUUUCCCCCGAACGCAGUGAAAGACCCUCAGGAGAAACGCCUGAAGUCUACGUGACAGUGGGUCCAAAAGUAGUGGAGAACUUUGAGCAAAUCGAUCAAAAACUAACGGGACCUCAGACUGUUCAACACAAGGCAGAACUCAUCACUUUAGACAGCACUUUGAAAACUGCAGAUCUAACUGUGGCUCUGGCAGAUAAAGAAAGCUCUUCUGGUGUGAAGUCCCCUGAUGGCAAGAAAAAGAAGAAAGAACGCUCUGAAUUAAAAAUGAAAAUUUUGGGGAAGGAUAAAUCACACAAGAAAGAUACAAAAGCAAAAUCUUCGCCAAAAAGGUUGAAAACUCUGGGGGCAAGUAUUGAAAUACCAGAUCAACCUGAAAAUGAAAAAUCAGAUGUCAUCCCAAGUUCUCAGUCACACACAAAACUACAGGAAGAUCAACUAACCAAAUCAGGGACAACACAGAAGGAAAUUAGUGUACCAAAGGUGGAACUUGACAUCUCUGAUAUUGCAUUUAUACGCAAAUCUCCCCAGAAGGAUGAGGAAAAAAGGAAGAAAUGCAAGGACAUUAAACAAAAACAAGAAUCGAGGACAGGCCCAGCGUUCAAACUGCCUAAAAUUGGCCUGAGUGACAUUCCCACUGAGGAAACUAUACAAAAAAUGAAUGUAAAUGUUGAAGAACGCACAACUAGAAUCAAACAACUUACAACUGAGGGUACAGAAAUGAAAGAAGAUCCUUAUGAGCAACUGUCAUCCAGAACAUGUCUUCCCAAACGUGAGGAAAUCGAAAUUCCAGGUAUGGAGGAUAUGUCUAAGAGAAUAACUGCCAAAGGUCUUAAAGAGCCUAAAGCUGGUUUUAUGGGACAUUAUGAAGAACUUCAAGCUGAAACUGUACAACUGUCAAUUGAUGUUGACAGCGUGAAAGAGGCAGUUUCAAAACUGCCUGGAUAUAAGCUGCCUAAGGUUGACACGUCAGGAGUGCCUAUUCCUGAAGAAAUUACUGUGAUAGAUGCAAAUGCACAGAGAAUAUCAGUGAAGACACCCACUAAAGUUGUAGAUACCAAAGCAAAACAUGAGACACACUUCACUAAGUUUGACAUAACUGCCUCUCCAGAAAUCUCCAAGACUACAAUCAAACUACCAAAGAUCACACCUGCUGAUUUAACCUCAGAGGAACUUUUAAUUGAGACAAAGGUAGGUUUUACAAAACCUGAAAAGAAAUACCAAACCAAGGCAAAACAAAGUGAAAAAGAGAUGAAACGAGAAGAUAUUACAAUACCUGGCAAAGAGAGUACACAAGCAGUAGCAGCUCAACAGGCACAAGAUUCAGGCACAGACGGCAUCAAAUAUGAAUAUAAAUCUGCAACUACACUCAGCCCAAAAGAAUCAGAUAAAAAAUCAAGAAAGGUAACAACAGCUGGCUUUGGGAUUACAAAACCAGACAUAAAAAUCCCUGACAUUGGAAUUCACUUGCCAAAACAAAAUCUAGCAAAGAAAAAAGGUGAUUCCAUAAAGGAAGAAGGGGCAAUCUGCAUUGGGCAGUAUGAGGGAGUCGUGUCUGAUGUCAAAAUGUCAGAAAUUGAUGGCAUUGAAUACAUUGAUUCAGUUGGUGGCCCACCAGCGAAAAAGGAUAGUGACACUCAGUUUACAGGUUUUGGUGUUAAUCUAGAUGCCACAAAGGCGCAUGCUGACAUUUUCGGACUAGAGAUCAGAAGUGAAGUACAAGAUGUUAAUGCUGAAGCACACACAAUCAACCUGCCCAAAUCUGGAACAAAUACUGCUGACAUUAGUGUAAAUCUGCCUGAUGCACACAAGGCUAUAAACAUUGAUGGGGGAGAGAUAAAAACACUCGAAAGACAUGGAAAGAGUAGUAAGUUUAAAAUACCAAAUCUCGACAUAUCCAUGCCAAAGGUGAAAGGAUCUAAAAUUGAUUCAAGCCUGUCCAAAAAAGAUGUGGAUGUCACACUACCAGAAGCUAAAGCUGAGUUCAAAUUCCCAGAAGUUCCUGAAGUUGAUGUAACUCUUGGAAACGUAGGUGUUUCUAUUCCAGAGCCAAUGAUGGAAGUUGAAAAACCCGAAUUGGGAAUCAAACCUCUGUCAACUGAAGGUGAACUUGAUGAACGAGGAGGCAGGUUUAAACUUCCAAAAUUGGGAAUCACGAUGCCAAAAGUGAAAGGGCCUGAAAUUGAUUUCAGCUUAUCUAAGAAAGACGCUCAUGUGACACUACCAGAAGUCAAAGCGGAUGUCAAACUCUCUGAUGCUGAACUAAAAGAAGCCUCUGCUAAAGUGGAAAUUAAAGCUCCUGAAUUUGAAGGUGUAGAGAAGGAUGCAGAAACACUCAACAUCAACACAGAGGGUUCAUCCCUAGAUGUGAAAACAACAGCAACUGAACUUGAAGGAAAAGGAAGCAAGUUUAAAAUGCCAAAAUUUGGAAUAUCUUUGCCAAAAGUGAAAGGACCUGAAAUUGAUUUAAGCUCAUCAAAGAAAGAUGUAGGUGUCACACUGCCUGAAACUAAAGCAGAGGUCAAACUUACUGAUGUUGAACAUGCAGAACCUAGAAUCAAAGUAGAGGUCAAAGCUCCAGAGAUUGCAGUUCACCAAAAAGAUGCUGAAGGAUCACCAUCAAAAUUUAAGAUGCCAACAUUCAAACUACCAAAAUUUGGUGUUGGUACUCCAAAUGUACCAAAAGUACCUGAUAUGGACAAAGAUGUCAAAAUAGAUGGAAGUGACAUUCAUAUUCCUGAAGUAGGACCUGCAGUUAACAUUGAAGUUCCCAACAUUGACUUGGAGAGUCCCUCAAUAGAUGUGAAAACCAGGGGGGCUGAACAGGAUGGGAGAGGAAACAAGUUCAAAAUGCCACAUCUUGGUUUCUCAAUGCCGAAGGUAAAAGGACCUAAAGUUGAUUUAAGUCUAUCAAAGAAAGACGUAGAUGUCACAUUACCAGAAGCUAAAGCUGAUGUCACACUUCCAAAAGUUGAUACUUCAAUUACAGAGACUAGCAUGGAAAUUCCAGAUGCUAAAGCUCAAGUCGAACUUCCAGAAGUCCCUGACAUUGAUGUGGAGAUGAAACCACCAGAGUGUGAAGAAGAAAUGGAUGGUCAUGGUGGGAAGUUUAAAAUACCAAAGUUUGGAAUCAAAAUGCCAAAAUUAAAAGGGCCUGAAUUUGAUCUAAACUUGUCGAAAAAAGAUGUAGAUGUCCAGAGAUUACCAGAGACAAAAGAGGUCAAUCAUGAAAAAGGAGAUGUUUCAAUUCCAGAGGUUAAGAUGGAGGUUAAAAACCCUGAAUUGGAAAUGCAAUCCUUGCAGUUUGAAGGUGAACUUGAUGGACAGGGAGAAAGGUUCAAAAUGCCAAAGUUUGGAAUCAAAAUGGCAAAAGUGAAAGGGCCAGAAUUUGACUUGAGAUUAUCAAAGAAAGAUGUAGAUGUGACAUUACCACAAACAAAAGUGGAUGUCAACCUCCCAGAUGCCUCUAAAAUGGAUGUUAGUCUUGGAAAAGUAGAAGUUUUGAUUCCAGAGGCAAAGGCUGAAGUUGAAAAACCUGAUCUGGAAAUUAAACCUUUGCAAACUGAAGCUGAACGACAAAAAAGUAAGUUUAAAAUGGCAAAGUUUGGAAUGGCAAUGCCAAAAGUAAAAGGACCUGAGUUUCAUCUAGGCUUCUCAAAGAAAGAUGUAGGUGUCACACUAUCAGAAGCCAAAGCCGAUGUCAACCUCCCUGACGUUGAAUUAAAUGAACCUUCGGUUAAAGAAGCUUUGAUUCCAGAGGUGGAAGUUAAAGAAACUGCAGUGGAAAUCAAACCUUUGCAUACUGAUACUGAACUUGAAGGACAAGAAGGCAAAGUCAAGAUGCCAAAGAUUGGAAUUACAAUGCCAAAAGUAAGAGGGCAUGAAACUGAUUUAAUCUUGUCACUACCAGAGGCUAAAGCUGAAGUCAAACUUCCAGAAACUCCUGCUCUUGCUAUGGAUAUUAAACUACCAGAGUGUGAAGUUGAAACUGAUGGGCAAGGGAGCAAAUUUAAACUGCCAAAGUUUGGAAUAUCAUUGCCAAAAGCACAAGGGGCUGAAACUGAUGUAAGCUUACAGAAGAAAGAUGUAAGUGUUAAAUUACCAGAGGCUAAGGCUGAGGUUAGACUCCCAGAAGUCCCUGAAAUUGAUGUUAGCAUUAAAAAAGUAGAUGUUUCACUUCCAGAGGCCACAAUGGAGCUUAACAAAGUUGGACUGGAAAAAUCCUUGCAGUCCGAAGGUGAACUCGAUGGACAAGGAAGCAAGUUCAAAAUGCCAAAGUUUGGAAUGCCUGUGCCAAAAGUAAAAGGACCGGAAAUUGAUUUCAGCUUAUCAAAGAGAGAUGUAAACAUCACACUACCACAAGCCCAGGUAGAUGUCAGUCUCCCCGAUGUCAAACUAGAAGAACCUUCUGCUAAAAUGGAAAUUAAGGCUGCUGAGAUUGGAACUCCGUCACACAGUCAGAAAGAAUCACCAUCAAAAUUUAAAAUGCCAGCAAUCAAAUUUCCCAAAUUUGGAGUUGCAACUCCAAAUGUCAGUGCAACAGUACCUGAAAUAGACAAAGAUAUCAAAGUUGAUGGAACUCACAUGCACAUAUCUGUGCCACACGCAAAUGUUGACGUACCAGAAGUUAAAACAGAGGUCCAUCUGCAAGAGGUUGAAAUCAAAGAAUGUUCUGGUGGUAUUGUGAUAGACCAACACUCAGGUGUUGAGGUAGAUGCAAAAAUGAAAAAGCCAAGGUUUUCCCUGCCGAAAUUUUCUUUCUCAAAACCAAGUAUUAAGGCCCCAGACAUUGAUGUCAGUCUUCCAGAUGUAAAUACUGCAAUUCCAGAGGGAACGCUGGAAAUUAAAGGAGGGAACAUGGAUAUGAAACCAGUCGAGUGUGAAGCAGAAGUUGAUGGACAAGGAAGCAAGUUUAAAAUGCCAGGGCCUGAAAUUGAUUUAAGUUUAUCAAAGAAAGAUGUUGAUGUGACACUACCAGAAGCCAAAGCUGAAGUCAAACUCCCUGAUGUUGAACUGAAAGAACCAUCUGCUGAAAUAGAAAUUAAAGCCCCUGAGAUUAAGGUUGCAACAAAGAAGACAGAAGAAUCACCAUCAAAAUUUAAGAUGCCAACAUUCAAAUUACCAAAAUUUGGAGUUGGUGCACCAAGUGCCAGUGUAGAAAUGCCCGAUUUGGACAAAGAUGCCAGAGUCGAUGGAGGUGACAUUAAAAUUCCCGAAGAGGUUCUCACAGUUGACGUUGCAGCACCCAGCAUUGACAUUGAAGUCCCAUCAAUACAUAUGACCACUACAGAAACUGAACAUGGAGGAAAAGGAAGCAAGUUCAAAAUGCCAAGUCUUGGAUUUUCAGCGCCUCAACUCAAACGGCCUGAAAUUGAUUUAAGUUUAUCAAAGAAAGAUGUUGAUGUGACACUACCAGAAGCCAAAGCUGAAGUCAAACUUCCUGAUGUUGAACUGGAAGAACCAUCUGCUGAAAUAGAAAUUAAAGCCCCUGAGAUUAAGGUUGCAACAAAGAAAAAAGAAGGAUCACCAUCAAAAUUUAAGAUGCCAACAUUCAAAUUACCAAAAUUUGGAGUUGGUGCACCAAGUGCCAGUGUAGAAAUGCCCGAUUUGGACAAAGAUGUCAGAGUCGAUGGAGGUGACAUUAAAAUUCCCAAAGAGGUUCUCACAGUUGACGUUGCAGCACCCAGCAUUGACAUUGAAGUCCCAUCAAUACAUAUGACCACUACAGAAACUGAACAUGAAGGAAAAGGAAGCAAGUUCAAAAUGCCAAGUCUCGGUUUUUCAGCGCCUCAACUCAAACGGCCUGAAAUUGAUUUAAGUUUAUCAAAGAAAGAUGUUGAUGUGACACUACCAGAAGCCAAAGCUGAAGUCAAACUUCCUGAUGUUGAACUGAAAGAACCAUCUGCUGAAAUAGAAAUUAAAGCCCCUGAGAUUAAGGUUGCAACAAAGAAAACAGAAGGAUCACCAUCAAAAUUUAAGAUGCCAACAUUCAAAUUACCAAAAUUUGGAGUUGGUGCACCAAGUGCCAGUGUAGAAAUGCCCGAUUUGGACAAAGAUGUCAGAGUCGAUGGAGGUGACAUUAAAAUUCCCGAAGAGGUUCUCACAGUUGACGUUGCAGCACCCAGCAUUGACAUUGAAGUCCCAUCAAUACAUAUGACCACUACAGAAACUGAACAUGAAGGAAAAGGAAGCAAGUUCAAAAUGCCAAGUCUCGGUUUUUCAGCGCCUCAACUCAAACGGCCUGAAAUUGAUUUAAGUUUAUCAAAGAAAGAUGUUGAUGUGACACUACCAGAAGCCAAAGCUGAAGUCAAACUCCCUGAUGUUGAACUGAAAGAACCAUCCGCUGAAAUAGAAAUUAAAGCCCCUGAGAUUAAGGUUGCAACAAAGAAAAAAGAAGGAUCACCAUCAAAAUUUAAGAUGCCAACAUUCAAAUUACCAAAAUUUGGAGUUGGUGCACCAAGUGCCAGUGUAGAAAUGCCCGAUUUGGACAAAGAUGUCAGAGUCGAUGGAGGUGACAUUAAAAUUCCCGAAGAGGUUCUCACAGUUGACGUUGCAGCACCCAGCAUUGACAUUGAAGUCCCAUCAAUACAUAUGACCACUACAGAAACUGAACAUGAAGGAAAAGGAAGCAAGUUCAAAAUGCCAAGUCUCGGUUUUUCAGCGCCUCAACUCAAACGGCCUGAAAUUGAUUUAAGUUUAUCAAAGAAAGAUGUUGAUGUGACACUACCAGAAGCCAAAGCUGAAGUCAAACUUCCUGAUGUUGAACUGAAAGAACCAUCUGCUGAAAUAGAAAUUAAAGCCCCUGAGAUUAAGGUUGCAACAAAGAAAACAGAAGGAUCACCAUCAAAAUUUAAGAUGCCAACAUUCAAAUUACCAAAAUUUGGAGUUGGUGCACCAAGUGCCAGUGUAGAAAUGCCCGAUUUGGAUAAAGAUGUCAAAAUCGACGGAGCCAACAUUAAAAUUCCUGACGAGACUCUCACAGUUGACGUUGCAGCACCCAGCAUUGACACUGAGGUUCCAUCAAUACAAAUGACAAAUGCAGAAAUUGAACAUAAAGGAAAAGCAAGCAAGUUCAAAAUGCCAAGUCUCGGUUUUUCAGCGCCUCAACUCAAACGGCCCGAAAUUGAUUUAAAUUUAUCAAACAAAGAUGCUGAUGUGUCACUACCAGAAGCCAAAGUUGAAGUCAAACUCCCUGAUGUUGAACUGAAAGAACCAUCUGCUGAAAUAGAAAUUAAAGCCCCUGAGAUUAAGGUUGCAACAAAGAAAAAAGAAGGAUCACCAUCAAAAUUUAAGAUGCCAACAUUCAAAUUACCAAAAUUUGGAGUUGGUGCACCAAGUGCCAGUGUAGAAAUGCCCGAUUUGGACAAAGAUGUCAGAGUUGAUGGAGGUGACAUUAAAAUUCCCGAAGAGGUUCUCACAGUUGACGUUGCAGCACCCAGCAUUGACAUUGAAGUCCCAUCGAUACAUAUGACCACUACAGAAACUGAACAUGAAGGAAAAGGAAGCAAGUUCAAAAUGCCAAGUUUCGGUUUUUCAGCGCCUCAACUCAAACGACCUGAAACUGAUUUAAGUUUAUCAAAGAAAGAUGUUGAUGUGACACUACCAGAAGCCAAAGCUGAAAUCAAACUCCCUGAUGUUGAACUGGAAGAACCAUCUGCUGAAAUAGAAAUUAAAGCCCCUGAGAUUAAGGUUGCAACAAAGAAAACAGAAGGAUCACCAUCAAAAUUUAAGAUGCCAACAUUCAAAUUACCAAAAUUUGGAGUUGGUGCACCAAGUGCCAGUGUAGAAAUGCCCGAUUUGGACAAAGAUGUCAAAAUUGGGGAAGGUGACAUUAAAAUUCCUAAAGAUGCUCUCACAGUUGAUGUUGCAGCACCCAGCAUUGACAUUGAAGUCCCAUCAAUACAUAUGACCACUACAGAACCUGAACAUGAAGGAAAAGGAAGCAAGUUCAAAAUGCCAAGUCUCGGUUUUUCGGCGCCUCAAGUCAAACGACCUGAAAUUGAUUUAAGUUUAUCAAAGAAAGAUGUUGAUGUGACACUACCAGAAGCCAAAGCUGAAGUCAAACUUCCUGAUGUUGAACUGAAAGAACCAUCUGCUGAAAUAGAAAUUAAAGCCCCUGAGAUUAAGGUUGCAACAAAGAAAACAGAAGGAUCACCAUCAAAAUUUAAGAUGCCAACAUUCAAAUUACCAAAAUUUGGAGUUGGUGCACCAAGUGCCAGUGUAGAAAUGCCCGAUUUGGACAAAGAUGUCAAAAUUGGGGAAGGUGACAUUAAAAUUCCUAAAGAUGCUCUCACAGUUGACGUUGCAGCACCCAGCAUUGACAUUGAAGUCCCAUCGAUACAUAUGACCACUACAGAAACUGAACAUGAAGGAAAAGGAAGCAAGUUCAAAAUGCCAAGUUUCGGUUUUUCGGCGCCUCAAGUCAAACGGCCUGAAAUUGAUUUAAGUUUAUCAAAGAAGGAUGUUGAUGUGACACUACCAGAAGCCAAAGCUACAGUUCAACUUCCUGAAGUUGAACUGGAAAAAUCUUCUGCCAAAGUGGAAAUUAAAGCACCUGGAACUGAAGUCCAUACAAGUGAUGUUGAAGGAUCACCAUCAAAAUUUAAAAUGUCAACAUUUAAAUUACCAAAAUUCGGAGCUGCUGCUCCACAGGUCAGUGUGGCAGUACCUGAUGAGGACAAAGACAUAAAAGUGCAUGGUGAACAUUUAAAAUUACCACAAGCAAAAGCUGAAAUCAAAAUUCCUGAUGUUGAAAUUAAAGAGCCUGGAGGUUCAAUUUCAGUAUCACAAGCACCACUGACAGAAGGUGAUGCCAAGUUGAAAACGACAAGGUUCACAUUACCAAAAUUUUCAUUUUCAAAGCAAAGCACAAAAGAGCAUGUAGCUGAUGUCAGUCUCCCAGAUGCUGAUGUUUCUCUUCCAGAAGAUAAUGUGCAAGUCAAACAACCAGAGGUGGAGCUUAAGCCAGCAGAAGGUGAUACAAAAUUAGAUGUGCAGGGAAGCAAGUUUAAAAUGCCAAAGUUUGGCAUCUCAAUACCCAAAGUGAAAGGACCUGAAAUUGAUUUGAGCUUAUCAAAGAAAGAUGUAGAUGUCACACUUCCAGAAGCCAAAGCUGAAGUUCAACUUCCUGAUGUUAAGAUAAAAAAAACAUCUGCUGACGUGGAAAUUAAAGCUCCUGAGAUUGCAGCUCAAACAGGUACUGUUGAAGGAUCACCAUCAAAAUUUAAAAUGCCAACAUUCACAUUGCCCAAAUUUGGAGUAGCUACUCCAAAGGCCAGUGUAGAUGUACCUCAUGUGGCCAAAGACAUUAAAACUGAGGGAGGAGAGCUUGAAGUAUCUAAAAGGGGAGCUACAGUGGACGUCACAGCACCCAGCAUUGACACUAAAGGUCAGUCUGUAGACGUGAAAAUUAAAGGAAGUGAACUUGAAGGAUCAGAAAGCAAAUUUAACAUGCCAAAUUUAGGCAUUUCUGUGCCUAAAAUUAAAGGACCUGAAACUGAUUUAAGCUUAUCAAAGAAAAAUGUAGACAUCACAACACCAGACGCUAAAGUUGAGGUCAAACUACCCAGUACUGAAGGUGAUUUUUCAGUAUCAGAUACACCUACAGUUGAGACUGAAGCUAAGUUGAAACGACCAAACUGGACAUUUCCAAAAUUCUCAUUUUCAAGGACGAGCAGUAAAGCCCCUGAUGUUGAUGUAAACCUUGACACGUCCAAAGCUGAUGUUGCAUCACCAGAGGCCAAAGGAGAAGUCUCUUUAACUGAUGCCGAAGUUCAGGGACCUUCAGGGGCUAUUUCAAUGGAAGAGCCAUCUGCUGCAGAACCUGAUGCAAACUUGAAAAAAUCCAAAUUUUCACUACCUACAUUUUCUUUUUCCAAGUCAAGUGUUAAAGAACUUGAAGUCAGUGCCGAGAUUCCACAUGCUGAAGUUUCCCUUCCAGAGGUAGAAGUGAAAGUCAAACAAGCUGAAAUUGUGGUUAAAGCCCCUGAGCCUGAAGCUGAACAUGGUGGACAAGGAAGCAAGUUUAAACUGCCAAAACUGGGCAUUAACGAUGUAGACAUCACUCUGCCAGAAGUUAAAGCAGACGUGAAACUCCCUGAAAAGGAAGUUAAAUCUUCAGCUAGAGUGGAAAUGAAAGCUUCUGAGAGUGAAGACAAGUCGAAGGAUGUUGGAGGAUCACCAUUAAAAAUCAAAAUGCCAACAAUGAAAAUGCCAAAAUUCGGAGGCACUACCCAUGAUGUCACUGCAGAAACACCUGAUUCAGACAGAGUAGCUGAAACUGAUAAAUCUAAACUUAAGGAGGAUGUGACUGUCAUCAUCAAAGGUCCAAGUCUUGAUAUUAAAACCAAUGAGACCAAAGCAACACCAACAGAUACUGAAACGCCAAAGACUGACAGCAUGGGUCUUGGCUCUCCAAGUAAAUUCAAACUACCAUCAUUUAAAAUGCCAAAACUGAGUUUCUCAAGAACCAAACCAGAAGACGAAUAUACUGCUGUUGAGACUGAAUGCAAAGAAGAUCAGCUGGAAAUGGAACCUGAGCUAAAAGGAGAAAGUAAAUCACCAAAAAUGACUUUGACAUCAUUUGGUGAAAUCCUCAAGAAUAUUGAUGUCGAAUUUGAUGUUUCAAAACCCAACAAAGAGGAAGAAAAUCUUGAAACCUCAAAGAAAGUUGAAACAGAUGAAUCCAAUAUAAAGCAGUUAGAGCCAAAUGAAAAGGAAACACAUACCAAGCAAGAGAGUACCAAAAGUCCUGAGAGGACAGGUUGGUUUAAAUUCCCCAAAUUUGGACUUUCUUCACCAUCAGAACCUGCCAAGAUUUCUGAAAAAGAUGAGCAUAAGGAGGAAAAGAGCCCAGUUGGGGAAACUGUGGAUGCAGAAGUAAGUUCCACUGGUUCUGUUCAGUCAUCGGACGCCUUUGCUGACAUUAGCUCUGCAAUGACAAGUGAGCAUGCUGGCCUGUCCUUACCUUCUCCAACCAAGGUAACAGUAAAAUACUCUGAUCCUAACGCUGCUACAGAGCAUGAGGAGAUGCACAGUAGCAUCAUUACCUCCUCUACAAGGACUGAGUUGAUCUCAGUUGAGCCAAACAUACCUGAGAAAAUCACCAUUCUGUCACCAGGAGUUUCAUCUUCAUCGGAAGACACAGUCAAACUGGAAUCUGGAAAAAUACACCUCAUCACAUCAAAUAUACAAGCCACCCCAGAAGCACAGCAUGCCAAACUUCUAACCGCCUUCCAAAUCCAAUCAGCUGAAGGCCUUCCCCCAACAUCAGAAGCUAACGAAGCUGCAUCACGGACCACUGAAGACUUGCAAAGCAGCAAAAGAACGAUCUUUGAGAGGCAUUUAGUGAGGGAAACAUCAAGUGAAAGAAGUGAAAGCAAAGAAACAUUUGUAAUAACUAAACAAAUUACACGAAUUGGUAUGUUUGAUUCUUCUGAACCCAUCUCAGGUGAGACAGCUUCAUCCAUUCAACGACUGAGAGAUUCUGUGCACUCUGAGAAAAUGAAGUUCUUUGACGGAGCUGAAAAGUGAAGUGACUUCAUCUAAAUGAUGUCCAAAGAUACAAUCCCUGAUUGUCCAGACACAGGGGCUGGUGGGUUCUGAAUUUCGUUGUCCACAAGUCAUUUGACAGAGGGGUGAGAUAGGAAACAGGGCGGCAACUGGAAAUGACCAUAAGCAAGUUUAAUUUACCAAUCACAAGAAAAGAUUUGCCAGGGUUGAGGGGCGUUAAAUUCAACCUAUGCAUGUUACUGACCUGUACAGAGAUGGAUUAAUGCAUUUCACACUUAAUAAGCUUUGUAACAGAGUGCCCUUACUGCAAAUUAUGACAGGUCCAAAUAUCUUUCCUUAUUAUGGUACAGAAUUAAGUAAGCCAUAUCUUUUGCUUAUCAAAACCUUUGCCGUUGAUACAACUUACUUGUGCUCCUUGUUGUCCAAUGAUAAUCACCAGUGCAUUUGAUUUAAAAACAGUUCAUGUGAAGACUGUUGCAAAAAUUGAUCAAUGUUACUGACAUUCCAAAAUGUUUACAGUAAUUUCACUGUAAAGUUGACGCAAGAAAACACCUAACAUAUAGUGCAUAUGUUACGCCAAAAUAUGCCUGCUGCUGUAGCUACAACGUAAAGACACAAUAGCAAUGCAAAGCAGAAAUGAAAACGCUUAUGCUCAAACAAAGCAAGAUUACUGCUACAAAUGUAUUUUUAAUAUUUUGCUUAGAACCUAAUUUGCUACAGUACAAUUAUAAAUCAACAGUAUGAUCUCUUUCAAUAUCACUGUACAAAGUGGGAAUAUUAAAAGGCUGUGUAAAUAGCUUUUAAGGAUAUUAAGAGUUUUACUUGAUUACUGCUCUAUUAAAGCUUUAACUCAACGUGUUUGCAAAGUUAUAAACAACAAAUAAAUAUUAUUAUAUUCAAACGUGUGGCUGAAGCCAAUGAUGAGAGUCAUUUUCUGUAAUGCCAAUCAGUGGAUUUCAAACCUGUCUGUUUUUUUUCCCGCUUAUUCGGUUUCAUUUGACUUACGAAAUGAGGAAAUUAACACACCUUUGGUCACAGUGGGCUGAGUGAGUAGUGGAGGAACUGAUCAUGCUGAAAGGCUGUAUGUUGUUCUGACUUAAUAACAAAAAAGUAACAAUGAGAGGACAUUUCUUUAAAAA